UUCAGCAAAACGAAAGUAAAUUUCUUCUCAGAGCUUCUCGCAGCUUCGCCAUUUUGUGAGGGAGAGACACGCAGCGGUUCUGUGUUUUUUAUGGGCAAAAACAACAGCUUUUCUACAGAUUCUUGCAGUUCUGAGAGAAAUAAAUUCACUCUCUGACUGUAGAAAUUGGUCUUCUGCUGAGGCAGAGCCACACCACAGUGAGCGAAAUGCAGUAUGUUUGGGUGAUAUUACUGUUCCUCCCCUGCGCUCUUUCACAGUUUACAGGGAAGUUUGAGGUGGUGGGUCCAGAAGCUCCUGUUUUCAGUGUUUCUGGUUCUGAUGUCGUUCUGUCGUGUUCUGUACGAGAGCUACAUAGUCAAAACAUCAUGGUGAACACUGUGGAUAUGAACGUUACUUGGUCCAGAUCAGACCUGAGAGAUUCACUGGUUCAUCUCUACGGGAAUCAUAAAAAUCUAAACACAGAUCAGAAUCCUUCUUACAGAGGAAGAACCGCUGUGUUUAAAGAGCAGCUGAAGAAUGGAAACGCCUCACUGAAACUCUCCAACAUUCGGGUUUCUGAUGAAGGAGAAUACACAUGCAGAGUUGACUCUAAGAUCUGGGAGGAUUCUAAAACUUUUAAACUCUCAGUUGAAGCUGUGGGAAGUGAACCAGUGAUCACUAUGGAGAAAUAUGAAUCAGGAAAGUUCAGUUUACUGUGUGAAUCUAAAGGCUGGCGUCCUGAACCUGAGCUUCAGUGGAGGAACAGUAAAGGAGUUAAUCUGACUGCAGAAACAGAAACUCAGGCAGUCGCUGAUCUCUUUAAUGUGAAAAGCAGAAUCACAGUAGAGAAAAUUGACUCAUACUACUGCUCAGUGACACAGAGAGUUCAUGUGAAGGAGGGAUGGAUCGAUGCUCAAUCCCUGUUUGAGCAUGUACCCAGUGAAGCUGGGAAAAUUGUUGGAAUUACCAUUGGUGUACUUUUACUUGUGGGUGUCCUGCCUGGAGUCGUUUUUUACAUCUGUAACGAAAGAAGGAAAAGACAGGAAGAAAUCAGGAAAGUCAAAUCAUUACUGAACUCAGACGGAGACGAUCGUCUCAAACACCAGGACCUCUCUCCACGUCAGUGGAAUUAUGUGGAGUUUACUUUACUGAAGUCUGAAGAGGAUCUGAAAGAGUUUAAUCUGAGGAAGUUUGACCCGUCAGAUAGAGGAGUUCAGAAGCUGAAGAAAGUGAUCGCAUCAUCCAAAAAAGCUCUGCUGGAAGACUGUAAUCUCUCAGACUACAGCUGUGCAGAUCUGGCCAAAGUUCUGAAAUCAGAGAAUUCACUGGAAGAGCUGAACCUGAGUGAUAAUAAACUACGAGAUUCAGGAGUGGAGAAACUCUGUGACGGGCUGAAGGAUACAAAAUGUAAACUGAAGAUACUGAGGUUGGAAGACUGUAAUGUCACAGAGGAAAGCUGUGCAGUUCUGGCUGACGUUCUCACAUCAGAGAACUCUAAACUGAUAGAGCUGAACCUGAGUCUGAAUAAACUACAAGAUUCAGGAGUGUAUUCUCUCUGUUGGAGGCUGAAUAGUGAUAACUGUAAACUGGAGAAACUGAGGCUGGAAGACUGUGGUCUCACAGAGAACAGCUGUGCAUUUCUGGCCGGCUUUCUCAAACCAGUGAACUGUAAACUGACAGAGCUGCACCUGAGUAAGAAUAAACUACAAGAUUCAGGAGUGAAGAAUCUCUGUGACGGACUGAAGGAUAAAAAGUCUAAACUGCAGAUACUGAGACUGGAAAAAUGUGAUCUCACAGAGGGAAGCUGUGCAGGUCUGGCCUCAGUUCUGACAUCAGAGAAUUCACUGAUAGAGCUGAACCUGAGUAAGAAUCGGCUACGAGAUGGAGUGGAGAGUCUCUGUGACGGACUGAAGGAUAACAACUGUAAACUACAGAUACUGAGACUGGAAGAAUGUGGUCUCAAUGAGGGAAGCUGUGCAGGUCUGGCCUCAGUUCUGACAUCAGAGAAUUCACUGAUAGAGCUGAACCUGAGUAAGAAUUGGCUACGAGAUUUAGGAGUGGAGAGACUCUGUGAAGGACUGAAGCAUAACAACUGUAAACUACAGAUACUGAGGUUGGAAGAAUGUGCUCUCACAGAGGGAAGCUGUAAACAUCUGGCCACAGUUCUCCAAUCAGUGAACUCUAAACUGAUAGAGCUGAACCUGAGUAAGAAUUGGCCACAAUAUUCAGGAGUGAAUAAACUCUGUGACGGACUGAAGGAUGAAAAAUGUAAACUGGAGAAACUGAGGUUGGAAGAAUGUGAUCUCACAGGAAGAAGCUGUAAAGAUCUGGCUGAAGUUCUCAAAUCAGGGAACUCUAAACUGAAAGAGCUGCACCUGAGUAUAAAUCCAAAUGUGGAAGAUUCAGGAGUGGAGAAACUCUGUGUCGGGCUGAAGAAUGAACACUGUAAACUGGAGAUACUGAGGUUGGAAUACUGUGAUCUCACAGGAAGAAGCUGUAAAGAUCUGGCUGAAGUUCUCCAAUCAGGGAACUCUAAACUGAAAGAGCUGCACCUGAGUAUAAAUCCAAUUGUGGAAGAUUCAGGAGUGGAGAAACUCUGUGUCGGGCUGAAGAAUGAACACUGUAAACUGGAGAUACUGAGGCUGGCUGGAUGCAGUAUUAAGAAUGAAGGCUUUGCUGAUCUGGCUUCAGCUCUAAAAGAAAACCCCUCAUCACCUUUAAAAGAGCUGGAUCUGAGCGGUAAUGAAAUAAAAGAGUCAGAACUGAAGCUGUUACCUGAGCUAAGGACUAAAUUUCCUAAACUGAAAGUAAAGCUGGACAAAUGCAGGAUUAAAGUUGAAAGCUUCACUGCUCCGGCUUCAGAAAACCCCUCAUCACCUUUAAAAGAGCAGGAUCCGAGUGGUAAUGAACUAGAAGAGUCAGAACAGAAGCUGUUACCCGAUGAUGAUACAUUAGUCUAAUCUGAAAGUGAAAAUCUGAAUCUCAAUGAGGAUAUUUUACAUGGAAAAGAAGAGAAGAUGAAUAUGAAGCGUACACACACACACACACACACACACUCACACACACACUCACACACACACACUCACACACACACACACACACACACACACUCACGCACACACACACUCACACACACACACACACACACACACACACACACACACACACACACACAAUGUGAUUCUUGUAUUGUGUUCUUGGUCAAAAGUUAAACACCUGGAGUGACAUGGUUUGUAAACCAACCCCACAUGUUUGAAGAUGAACCAACAUUGAUGGGGACUGAAUGGCAUCAGGGUUAGUCAGCAAUAAUGACCCCCUACUGAAGUCAUUCUGCUAAUGUUUCUAUUUGUUAUAUUAAUCACCUGAUAUGAUGAAGUGUAGAUACUGUAGAUAUGUUCAAACUGUUCGGUUCCAGUUGUAUCUGUCUUGGAUAAGAUUAGGAUUAGGCAGGAAGUGAAGAGUCAGUUGUAAGAUAGCUAGCUAACUGUGAUGGCUAGAGAAGUGGGACAGAACAUCUUCAAAACAUCAGGCCGGUCUUGUGAGGUGUUUCCAGUGUCGCAGUGGUGUGAACAGCAGUUCAGUAUUAAUCCGCUUUAGUUUAGAGAAGUGUGUUUAAGUUCAGGUGAGCUUUAUCAGGUGUCAUUUUUAACUUCACCACUAGAGAGUGAGGAGCAGUGAGAGGUUAGGGGCUCUAUCUUACACCCUGUGCAAGGCGUGUCGUGCUCAUUGCUAUCUUACACCUUGUCAACAGUCUAUUUUCAUGCCUGCCACCUGCGUUGUUUAAAUAGUGAAGCUGUUUAUUAAUAUAUCUACACUAAAGGGCAUGAUCUGGAAGUGAGGUGUGUUUAUGUAAAUUUCUUGCGUACUACUAUCUUGACAAUGGAAAACACAGAUGUGCCACAAGAUUAAAUAACAUGAUUGUCUAUGGUUUGUAUAUCUUUAGUUAAUUCAUUAAUUUUCUAUUUCUAAUCCUGCAGUAGAAAAACAGAGAACAACCCUUUUUUUUUAUUUUUUCUUGUUUUUUUUUUUUUUUUUUUUUUGUUUAUUAUUGUGGCUAAUUAGGGCCUGAGCUGCAGAUUUUAGCACAAACUGAAAGUUUUAAUACAGGGGUAUUUAUUCUGCUGGUAGAUAUAGCGUAGACCUGUAAAGUUAGGAUAAGUAUUGAACAAUUUUGUGAUUUAAUUAAAACUCUGGUGCUGAGAUGUUUAUGCGCAUUGGGAUCCUGUGUGUUCAGAGAGGGAAUUCUGAGGUUAAUGUGAGGAAGUUUUUCACAGAUUAUGGCUUGAGGAAAAAAAAGUACAAUGUAUAGAAAUUUGGAGCUUCCUGUGGCAAAUGCAGCAUGCCAGCCAAAAUCAACCAGCUUAAAGGAUAUUAUAUAUCAAGUCUUAUAUUUUCAGUAGUAAAUGAUAAAAUGAUCAGGAUGUAUCAUCAGAUUAGGGAAACAUGCUGAGUUAAAGCACUGGCAGCUCUUGUCAGCAGCGCUUCAGACAGUAUGUGCCUAUUUGGACUGUUCAGUGCAUCACGUAUCUGUGUUUGUUUUGGCCCCUGACUCCACCUGCUACUCAUUCCCCAACUAACUCCACCCCUGAGGUUGCCAGUACACAACAGCCAGCAAGUGGUGCUGCAGCAUGGAAGCUCUAGCAAGCAGGGCUGGUUCAGUUAAACCUCAGCUGCUACACAGCCUAAAAAGCCUCAGCAUAUCUCAAAAAAGCUCAGUGACCAAAAAAGGAAUAAAACAAGAGUCAAUAUUGGCAGGGAGUUUCACAUUUUCUUGCUCGCAGGGCAGACAACUCUCUGUAGUGUUUUGAAAUUGGACUGCUGUAGCUAUUUUACACGCUCAUGCUCAUUUCCUACUGAAUGCUCCUUUAAUAAAAAAUGUGUUUCUGUUAUGUUUAUAUAAUGUUUACAGUUUAACAUGAUUUAGCUCUUCAUUUUUUGCUCUUCCUUUCAUUAAUCUCAAAAUACCCCCUCUGGACACUCAGGUUCCCAAUGCGCAUAAAGAUCUCAGCAUAUGUUUCCCUGUUCUUCACCAUAGAUUUAAUUCAAUCACAAAAUGCUACAAUACACUCAUUCUAGUUCUACUGUUUAUGCUAUCUACCAGCAAUAUAACUACCCUUGUUUCAGACUAAGACUUUUGCCAAUAAGUUUCACUUCAAUUUAUUUUUGUUCAUAUUAUGUUUUUGUAUUUUGAUGUUUUAAGUUUAAUUACAGUCUAGUAAACUGCUUGCUUUCCUUGAACCAAAAUAUUUAAAUAUAUUUAAAAUAGGAAAAGGAGUUGUUCUUCUUUUUCUAUGGAAGGAUUAAGAAUGGAAACCCAGUUACUGAAAGGUAUACAGACCCUAAAUGCACACAAAAUAUAGGUCACUGUUAUAUUACUUAAAUUACCUUAAAUAACCUUUACAGCAUGAACCAGCAGGUCAGUUUCCUCUGAUGAGAAGCGAGGACAAAUCGUUGAGCUACGCCGUUAAGAUAGCAAUCCGCUAUAUUAGUCGGAGCACACCUGGCUCUUAAAAGGAAUGGCAAGAAAACACACGGAUUGGUUUAUUUCACAUUACACCCAAAACACACCCAUGAUAAAUUAAGAUAAUUAGUACAUGCGUUUUGCAUGUUUCGAGUUGCGCAAGGCAUACUUUUUCUGUAGUUACGAUAGCAAAGACACACUGACACGACUUAAAUUAAGCUGCAUAGGGCACCGUCGAUUGGUCAGCUAUAGAUGGCUAAAAAAGGGCCUUAUAUAGCUGUGGGAAUUCCUCACUGCAGUGAAAGAACACCGUCUUAUUCUUCAUGUUUGUUUUCUAUAUAUAUAAAGGUAAAACUAACAGGAAGCUGUGCAGCAGUAGUGUUUUAAUGUAAAUAACCUCUGUGUGUUCUACUUUGUGUUGUUUUUUGUUGACAUUGACUGAUGUCAUUGUGUUACAUAUGCAUUUAAUCAUGUUACAUAUUCAAUACAUAUAGUAUGUAAAAUAUCAUUUAGGGGUUUAAUGUCAGGCAGAAAAUGUAGAAAUUCUGGCCUGUUAAGGGGUUUAAUGCCGUAUUCUCUGGUUUACUCUGCCUUUCAGUGAUCAUUUUCAGUAAAUCAUAAAUAAUGAAAAGUGAAUCGGUUCUUUUCUUGAACUUCUUGAUUCUUAAUUCCAAAUGGGAGCAUGCACGGGGGCGGGGCUGAUGUCAUCACUGAUAUUUUUUUAUAUAUAUUUUUAUAGAGAUUCUCUCCUGUCAGACAGCUUACUGCUCACAAAGCAUAAAUUCCAUAAAUCUAUUAUGUUUUUAUUUGAAAUUAAGAAUAACUAACACGUUGUUAAUCUUUUCAGUUUUUUUUCUUUUAUUAUUAAUAAAAAAUACCAUGUUUCUUCUUGUAUUAUUCCAUUAAUACUUUCCUAAUGUUUGAGGUUUUUGCUGUGAUAUUAUUUCAGCAUUGAGAUAUUUAGGCAUGUAUUGUAUUAAAAGUCAUAACUUUUUUUUGUAUUGUGACAACACUUUGUUACAGUUUGUUACUAUAUGCACAGUGUGAACUUAAGAAAUAAAACUUAUCUAAAAAAAGGAAA